AGCGAUGACAACAGGCCAUUACUCUUGAGGAUAAAAUCUAAUAUGAUAAAAACCUAAGAAAAGAAAAGAAAAGAAAAGAAAAGAAAAGAAAAGAAAAGAAAAGAAAAGAAAAGCUGACGUUUCAGCCUACAUGGAAACCAGAAGAUAACCGAGGUAACAACAACAACAACAACAACAAUAGUAAUAAUAAUAACAUUAAUAUUAACGUGUUUGUUGUUCUUGUUGUUGACAAAUCAGUCAUCACAGUCAAGGACCAAGCACAAGCAGUUACUCCUGACAGACAUGGAUGAACCGCCGGAAGUGGGUGGAGAGAGAGCGAGAGAGAGAGAGAGAGAGAGAGAGAGAGAGAGAGAGAGAGCUGUGAACCAAACUGUUGUGAACUGAGUAACGGAGAGGUUCUUGUCGUAGGUUGCUCGCGUCGCUGCAGACUCUCCUCGCGUUUUAUGAGCACGGACGGCCACUUCAGUCGCUCAGCAGAGAUUUAGGGUGUUGAAGAUGGCAGUGUGGAUCCAGGCCCAGCAGCUUCAGGGAGAUGCUCUGCACCAGAUGCAGUCGCUGUACGGUCAGCACUUCCCCAUAGAGGUGCGACAUUAUCUGUCCCAGUGGAUAGAGAGUCAGCUCUGGGAUGCCAUAGACCUGGAGAACCCACAAGAGGAGUUCAAGGCCAAACGUCUGCUGGACAACCUGAUACAGGAGCUGCAGAACAAGGCUGAACACCAGGUCGGAGAAGAUGGCUUCCUACUUAAAAUCAAAUUGGGACACUACGCCAGCCAGCUUAAGAGCACGUAUGACCGGUGUCCUCUGGAGUUGGUCCGAUGUAUCAAACACAUCCUUUACACAGAGCAGAGGCUCGUCAGAGAGGCUACAAAUUCUAGCUCUCCUGUGGGUGGCAUGAUGGACAGCAUGUCUCAGAAAUACCAACAAAUCAACCAAGCUUUUGAGGAGCUCCGCUUGCUAACCCAGGACACUGAGAAUGACCUGCGCAAGCUCCAGCACAACCAGGAGUACUUCAUUAUCCAGUAUCAGGAGAGCCUCCGCAUUCAAGCUCAGCUGACCAGCUUGGCCACGCUGCCCCCUGCAGAUCGUCAGCUCCGGGAGCCGGCACUUCUCAGCAAGAGAGCCACUGUGGAGGCAUGGUUGACUAGAGAGGCCAACACACUACAGAAAUAUAGACUGGACCUGGCAGAGAAGCAUCAGAAAACACUGCAGCUGUUGAGGAAGCAGCAGACCAUUAUUCUGGAUGAUGAGCUGAUCCAGUGGAAGAGACGGCAACAGCUGGCAGGCAACGGGGGCCCGCCGGAGGGAGGUCUGGACAUCCUUCAGUCCUGGUGUGAGAAGCUGGCAGAAACUAUUUGGCAAAAUAGGCAGCAGAUUCGGAGGGCAGAGCACCUCAGACAACAGCUGCCCAUCCCUGGACCUAUUGAGGAGCUCCUCAACGAACUCAACAGUACUAUCACAGAUAUCAUCUCAGCAUUGGUCACCAGCACCUUCAUCAUCGAGAAACAGCCUCCACAGGUGCUGAAAACCCAAACCAAGUUUGCUGCCACAGUGCGCCUUCUAGUGGGUGGGAAGUUAAAUGUGCACAUGAACCCUCCCCAGGUCAAAGCCACCAUCAUUAGUGAACAGCAAGCCAAAGCACUGCUGAAAAAUGAGAACACAAGGAACGACAGCAGUGGUGAAAUUCUCAACAAUAACUGUGUGAUGGAGUACCACCAGACUACAGGAACCCUCAGUGCCCACUUCAGGAACAUGUCUUUAAAGAGGAUCAAGCGAUCGGACAGACGAGGAGCAGAAUCUGUUACAGAAGAGAAGUUCACCAUUCUGUUCGAGUCCCAGUUUAGCGUUGGAAGCAAUGAGCUUGUCUUUCAAGUAAAGACGCUGUCACUUCCUGUAGUGGUGAUCGUUCAUGGUAGCCAAGACAAUAAUGCCACAGCAACUGUGCUGUGGGACAAUGCUUUUGCAGAGCCAGGUCGGGUGCCUUUCCUCGUUCCAGAUAAGGUGCUUUGGCCCCAGCUUUGCGAUGCCAUCAACAUGAAGUACAAGGCAGAGGUGCAGAGUAAUCGGGGCCUGUCUGAGGAGAACCUGGUCUUCCUGGCUCAAAAGGCCUUUAGCAGCUCCAGCAACAACCCUGACGACUACCGGAGCAUGACUAUGACAUGGUCACAGUUUAACAGGGAAAGCUUGCCGGGGAGGAACUUUACAUUUUGGCAGUGGUUUGAUGGUGUGAUGGAACUCACAAAAAAGCAUCUCAAGCCCCACUGGAAUGACGGAGCCAUCUUGGGCUUUGUGAACAAGCAGCAGGCUCAGGACAUGCUGAUGUCCAAACCCAACGGUACCUUCCUUCUGCGCUUUAGCGACUCUGAGAUUGGAGGAAUUACAAUUGCCUGGGUGGCAGAAAAUCCUAAUAAAGCAGGAGAGAGAAUGGUUUGGAACCUCAUGCCCUACACAACCAAAGACUUCUCCAUUCGCUCUCUGGCUGACCGCAUCAGCGACCUUAAUCACCUGCUGUUCCUUUACCCCGACAGACCCAAGGAUGAGGUUUUCUCCAAAUAUUACACCCCACCACUUUCUAAAGCAGUGGACGGUUACGUGAAACCACAGAUCAAACAAGUGGUACCUGAGUUUGCUACAGCUAAUCCAGACCCAGCAAGUGGGAACCCAACCUAUAUGGAUCAAGGAGCCUCUCCUGCACCUGUCAGUCACCCUCACGCCUACGGCAUAUACCCACCUAUGAGCGACUCUAUGUUGGAUGCGGACGGAGACUUCGACCUAGACGACACCAUGGAUGUAGCGAGGCACGUAGAGGAGCUUCUCCGGCGACCCGUAGAGAGCCAGUGGGGUGGCCAGCAGUCCUGACGCGUGACCUUUUGAGCCGCGACAACACCAAACGAACCCUGCCUCCCAACUUGCAUUGACAUGGUUUAAUUCCAUUAAUUUCUCUCUUUUUUCAUAUUGCUAUAAUGUGAAAUGUUAAUAAUGGUUGUGAUUUUUUUUUUCUUUUCAGCAUGACAGCAUGCAUGUCUAUGACUUUUUAUAGUUUUAUUUGUGUCCAUAUAUGUUUGUAAAACAGACUAAGUAAAAUGCAAAAUCUACAAUGUUACAGUGUUGUGAAAAAAGAAAAGAAGAAGUAAUAUUCAUUCACAUUGUGCAUGCAUUUCCAAUUGAUUUUAAACUAAUUUUAAAAAAAAGAUGCUACUGUAUGAAGUUAUUUUAGGAAGUGAAUGUUUUUAUUUUAUGUUUUCUUCUUUGUGAAUGGGAUGUCAGUAUAUUGACUGUGACACUGAUCUCGCCCUUUGACGAAAAAGGAACUCAAAUGAAGACUCUUUUGUUUUGCUCUUGAAAGCAUAAUCCGCGUUGUUGCUCUGGAUAGUUACAGUCAGUUUUCACAUCCGUAUACACUAACCUAAAGGCAGAGUGGCGCUCUUUGCUCUCUGCAACUGACAGCACACACAUCAGCACAAAGGUACACAUGCACAAGUUUAAGAUGUAUUUCUGAUUUGUUCACCAGCUGAAACCUGGGAGGGGAGUCUAUCCACCUCCCUCACUCUCACAGGGCUAUUUGUCUUCUGUUGGAACACAGAAAUGCAAAUCUAAGCAUUUACCCAGCGCUGCCUGCUUGUCCUCUCAGGUCCCUCUGUUCCCCUCAUCAAUGCUACCUCGCAUUAUUCUACUGACAGUCUUUGUAUUGCUUCUCUUGUUGUUCCUGCACCACAUUCACACCAGUAGGUACGGUCAGUGUAUUUUGGUCUUGUAAUUUGCGUUAAUGUGCGUGAUGAAGAUCCCUUGCUGCCUGAGAGCUGAUUCUGUUGGCUGUUGUCACUCUCCUGAAGACGUCCAGAGUUAUGAAGUAUCACAUGUCUGAUCGUUAUGCUUGAAUAUUUGGGGCCGAGCUGCUCCUCGCUAACUUUUCUGCCUGUCCGUCCAUUAGUUCCUGUUGCUGCAUCAUGACAUUGUGGCGAAAAAACAAGAAGAAGAAAAAAAAAAAAACACAAGCAAGUUUAUGUUUGACAGCAUAACUGUGCCAACAGCAGAAGUUGCAAAGCAUAGAAAUAUUGGAUGCUUGCACAGACUCAUGCGCUGCUGGGCCACAUGUAGGUUUUUGGAUGUUUAGUUUGUCAGUUUAUUUUGUUGUCUGACACCUGUCUUUGGUCAGGAUUGAUUGUUGUUAUGCAUCCCAUUUUUUUUUUGCUGCACAAAAGCUAAAUGUUUAAAACAGGCUUGCACCUCAGGAAUGAAUAGCUUUGCUUAGCCGAUGUAUAAGCCAAAAAGAAAUAAAUCUAUGUAUAUAUGAAUUUAUUUUCUCUAACAUAAUUCUCUUUUAUUAUAAUUGUUUCUCCGGCACUCCCCAAUUUAAUGCAACCCCUUUGCAUGACCUGAGGAAUUACGUAAAUACCUCCUCAGCUGAGCAGAAGCACCAGUUGACAAAGGACACUGAGCGACUGGGAAGGAUUUAUUUUGUUCUUUUGUGUUUGUCUAAUAGACAUUACAGUAUUUAAAAUUCUAUAAUUCUCUCCUUUUUCGUCUUUUUUUUAUUUCUUUCUUCCUUCUUUUGCAACUCUUUCUUUCCCAUUUUAGAAAUCUCAAGCAACAUGGGCGACCUUGUGAUAUAUUCCGUAUUAUCAUUUUUUGAGCUUUGUUCCACUGUAGACCGUGUAUUUUUCAAUGAUGUAGAUGGCGCUGUGUGCUGUUUAAUGUAUGUACCAUGUUUGUGGUUUGGGUUUAUCACUUGGAGAAACAGCAGUUGAGUUGAAAAGAAGAAAAUAAAGUUUUUAUAAAUAAUGCCAA